CCGGUACGUACAGUCCGAUAUAAAAUGCUACUCUGGCGCACGUGUGUAUGAACCAGUUGGCGGAAGACGUAAACGAUAUACCGGUGAAUGUGUUUCGUAGGAGAGUCUUUAUUUUUCCAUCGAGUAGCUUAGGUUUACCGUGACAAUGGAGUACAUUUACCGAUUACCGUUCUUAGUCCUGGAAGUGCCUAAUUUAAAAUUAAAGAGACCGUCCUGGAUGGGGAAACCCAGUGCUAUGGUAGUCUUCUCCUUCAUUCUCCUCUCGUACUUCUUGGUGACGGGAGGAAUCAUAUACGAUGUAAUCGUUGAACCACCUAGUGUAGGAUCCACGACAGACGAGCACGGUCAUACAAGGCCCGUAGCAUUUAUGCCGUAUCGUGUAAAUGGGCAAUAUAUAAUGGAAGGUUUGGCCUCUAGUUUCCUUUUUACAAUGGGAGGCUUAGGCUUUAUCAUACUGGAUCAGACUCAUGGUCCCUCAACGCCAAAACUUAACAGAGUUCUCUUGAUAUGUGUCGGAUUUAUCAGCAUAAUUGUGUCAUUUAUCGCAUGCUGGAUAUUCAUGAAAAUGAAGCUUCCUGGAUACCUGCAAUCCUAAAUGUAAGCUAUUACAGAUUCCAUGGGUGUAAUUAAUGCCAUUUUUAUAUCAUUCAGGAUAUUGUAACGAUGGAUUACUGAUUUUUAUAAUAAAGUGUAAUAAAUCAAAUGAGAUAUUUUUAGUACUCUCAUUGUUGGUAAUAGGGUAAAAGAAACGUAUGUACGAUUUUCCAAAUAUAUUUAGAUAAUAUUGUA